GGAUUUGUUCAUGGUUCCAUUAGGGUUCUUGAUCAUGUCCAUCUAUCAUCUCUUCCUUCUCUACAGAUACCUCAGGAUCCCCGAAACUACAGCAAUCGGCUUCGAGAACCAUAACAAAACUGCUUGGGUCGAGAAGAUGUUGCAGAUCGAAGCUAGAGAUCGAGGGCUCGCUGUAUCGGUCCUUAACAGUCACUUAUCUGCAGCAACUUCUUUGUCUUCGAUUUCGCUGGCUUUGUGCUCGCUUAUCGGAGCUGUACUCGGAGGUUCUUCGACAAAAGUCUUUUCAAGCAACUUCAUCUUAGGAGACACGAGUCGUUCCACGAGCUCGAUCAAGUACGUUUCCAUGCUAUCGUGCUUCUUACUAGCGUUUGCGUGUUUCGUACAAACUACAAGGCACUUUGUGCAUGCCAAUUUCCUUAUAAGCAUCCCCAACGGUGACGUACCCGUCCAUCAAAUCCAAAAGGAGGUGAUACGAGGAAGCAACUUCUGGGCUGUCGGAUUGCGCGCCCUCUACGUUGCGGGCACUUUGGUCCUAUGGAUUUUCGGUCCGAUCCCGAUGUUUGUUUCUUCGGUGGUGGCAGUGGUAAUCUUGCAUUUCGUAGAUACCAAUAAAGAUGAAAUGAUUCGGUAUCAGUCGAACCAGAAUGGUAAAAAUCGUAACUUUCUGAAGAAGAUCGAGCAUAAUAUAACUUCAACAGUCGAGGCUUUUGACCAUGACGGACGGCCAACGAGAGACACGAAAGAAAGUCUCUCGAGUCUAGAGAUUUCGGAUGGCCGGUAACGAAUUUGGAGGACGAGAUAAGUUUCACCCGGAUCCGAUCUCGGUUC